AUGCACUCCACGCCCCAGGCCCCGGCCGUGUACCGGCACCAGCCGACGGCGAAAGCGAGCAGCGAUGCCUCGAAGAAGAUGUACGAAGAGCUGAAAGCCCACCAGCGUCUAGAAGAUGGCUCGCCCGACUAUUUGCGCAUGAUUCUGGGGGCGCAUCUGUACGACCUUGCCCGUCUGACUUCGCUCACGCCGGCGACGCACUUGUCGACGCGUCUUGGGUGCGAGGUGCUGUUGAAGCGCGAAGAUAUGCAGCCUGUGUUUAGCUUCAAGCUCCGUGGUGCCUACAAUAUGAUGCGUCAGCUUGACGAUACGCGCAAGUGGAAGGGCGUGGUCGCCUGCAGCGCCGGCAAUCACGCACAGGGUGUGGCGCUCGCUGGCGCCAACUUGUCGAUUCCGUGCACAAUCGUCAUGCCACGAGGUACUCCUCGCAUCAAGUGGGAGAAUGUACAGCGCCUGGGCGCCAAGGUCGUGUUUCACGGCGCCAACUUUGACGAGGCCAAGAAAGAGUCAGUGCGCCUGGCCGAGGCGUACGGCCUGACUAUGGUCCCGCCUUUUGAUCAUCCCCAGGUGAUUGCAGGGCAGGGCACCAUUGGCGCGGAAAUCUGCAGUCAGACGGACAUGGAAAAGGUUAGUGCGGUGUUCUGUGCUGUGGGCGGUGGCGGCCUCCUCGCUGGUAUCGCUGCGUACAUCAAGCGCGUCGCGCCGCCGCACGUCAAGGUCAUUGGGGUGGAGACCUUUGAUGCCGAUGCCAUGACGCAGAGCAUGGAGCAGGGACACCGCGUGGAGAUACCGGACGUGGGUCUGUUCAGCGACGGCACCGCCGUGCGUCUGGUUGGCGACGAGUGCUUCCGCUUGUGUCAUGGCCUUGUGGAUGGUAUGGUGCGUGUGUCGAACGAUGAGAUUUGUGCGGCCAUCCGUGAUAUUUUUGAAGAUACCCGCGCGGUCACCGAGCCGGCCGGCGCGCUUGCCCUGGCCGGCCUGAAGCGCUACGUGGCGACGCAAGGCGCUGCGGCCGCCGGGCAGCGGUACGUCGCCGUGAUCAGCGGCGCCAACAUGAACUUUGAUCGCCUGCGGUUCGUCUCGGAGCGCGCAGGUCUGGGCGAGAAGCGCGAAGCUAUCAUGUCUGUGACGAUCCCCGACCAGCCCGGUAGCUUCCUCAAGCUGAACCAGCACCUCUAUCCCCGUGAUGUAACCGAGUUUUCGUACCGCCACAAUGGCACAAAGCAGGCGCAGAUCCUCACCUCCUUCCUUCUCAACGGCAGCAUUCCCGCGUCGGAAGCCAACCCGAUCGUGUCCAGUGCGCUGCCGCCCGCCGAUGGCGCCACAGUGCGUGAGCUUGAGUUGAAGGGUAUCUUGGACGGCCUGAACAAGGCGGGCAUGCAUGCCGUGGAUAUCAGUGACAAUGAGCUUGUCAAGUCGCACGCACGCUAUUUGAUCGGCGGCCGUGAGCCUGUGCCGAAUGAGCGCCUGUUCCGUUUCCAGUUCCCGGAGCGCCCUGGCGCCUUGCAGCACUUCCUCGUGAGCAUUGACGCGGGGUGGAACAUCUCCCUGUUCCAUUACCGCGCCGAGGGCGGCGACGUGGCGCGUGUAUUGGCCGCGCUGCAAGUGCCGCCCGAGUCGAGCGACAAACUGAACGACUUUCUCGAGACGCUGGGGUAUGCCUACGAGGAAGAGACCCACAACCCUAUCUAUCGGCAGUACCUGCUGUCCGACGCGAGCUAG